AUGAAACCUAUCUUCUAUAUAACCCCUAUCCCUCAAGAUGUGCAUCAAUUGAUGAUCAGUAUUUUCGAAGAGGUGGACAGUCAUGGUAUAAAGAACAAGCUCAAGAUUGGCGCCCGUCAUAUGAACAUUCUGUCAACUAUGUCUGUCUACUUACACCAAGAUCCAUGCAUCGAUAUUGGACCUGCGACGUCGGCUUUAAUAGACACAGUCAGACCUGGACGCGCAAGGUUAUUCUUACGUAGAGACAGCAUUGAAUCCUUCAUGGUUUCUUUCGAGGACAAGUCAUACAUGUUCCCUCCUUACAGUAUCUCGUCCAUGCGCCAAGUAUCAACAGGAUUUGAUGACGCCAGUUCGUUUGCACCAUGGCGUGCCAUCAUUGACGUGUUGGAAAGUAUUUUGACUAUGCCAGCUACUGUUUUUACUCUUUGCGACUUGCCCCACAACCAAGGCUAUAGAGUGUCGGCCACAUCCACGGAAAAAAUAGCGUCUCGAUUCAUCAAGGACUGGGACAAGCUUGCUGCCAGCAUGACCGAUCUCAAGCUGCUCAUUGUGGAGCACCAUGGAUUGUCAGCACUGACUCUUGCGAUGCUACACGAUUUCAGUAGCAUUGCAAACCUAGCAUUGAAUCGACUUUCCGAUUGUAAUACAAGAUUGAAAGAAAACAUCAAGAUACGCCUCGCUCAACUUUACGGAGAUAACUAG